UAAAACAGCAGCACCCACAAGUGCUGCACCAACUACCCCGCUUGCAACCACUGAUGCACCCACAUCAGCAGCCCCUUCGAGUGUUGCAAAAAACCCUGCUACUCUGACGAGUGCAGCACCUACAACUGGCACUUCCAUGACAUCAGCAACAACAAGAGCUGCACUUUCAACUGCAGCAUCUACGACAGCAGACCCUAACACUGUCACGCCAACUACACCUGUUGCAACAAACACUGUGGGAUCAGAAACUGCUUAUAUUCUCUCAGCAGAACUGAUAAGACCGACUUAUUCACCUGCCCUCAGUAACUCCAACAGCGAUGAAUAUAAAGCACUUAAAGUAACAAUACAAAAAGCGUGUAACGAGAAAUACAGCCUCAAAUUCCCAACUACGUUUUCCGACUGCCGUUUGAAAAGCUUCAGUGCCUUAAAUACACCACAAGGGUCUGAAACUAAAGCAACUGUGGGGGUUGUGUUCCAUGGGACUACUGCCAUUGCAGAUCUCCCACAGAAUGAUAUUGUUGCUCAAACCUUAGUAGAAGCGCUGAGUAAUUCCAACAAUAUUCCUAACCUGAGCAUUAAUCCCACUUCAGUCAAAGUAUUGGACAGUCCAGUUGAAGAUCCGAUUACGACUGCUCCACCUACAACCACACCAUCCGCAGCAACAACAACACCUGCAGCCCCUGAACCCACUUAUAUUCUCUCAGCAGAAUUUAAAGAAGUGGCUUUUUCACCUGCCCUCACUGACUCCAACAGCAAUGAAUACAAAGCACUUGAAACAGCAGCUCUAAAUGCGUGUAAGAAGAAAUACAGAAGCAUGUUUCCAAACACGUUUUCCCACUGCAUUUUGAAAAACUUCAGAUCCUUAAAUCCACCAAAAGACAACAAAACUCAAGCAACUGUGGGGAUUGUGUUCCAUGGGACUACUGCCAUUGCAGAUCUCCCACAGAAUGAUGUUGUUGCUCAAACCUUAGUAGAAGCUCUGAAUAAUUCCACCAAUAGUCCUAACCUGAGCAUUAAUCCUGCUUCAGUCAGAGUAUUAGCAAGUCCAGUUCCAGAUAAGAUAACAACUGCACCAACAACACCUGCUGCAACAAACACAGUAGCCUCUGCACCUACAUAUUUUCUCUCAGCAAGAUUGACAGAACCAGCUUUUUCACCUGCCCUCACUAACACCAGCAGCCCUGAAUACAAAGCACUUGAAGGAAAAGUUCUAAAUGCGUGUGAUAAAACAUAUAGAACAAAAUAUCCCAAAACAUUUUCCCACUGCACUUUGAAAGGAUUCAGUGCCGUAAAUCCACGAAUUUCCGAUACUCAAGUGACGAUGGCAGUUGUGUUCCAUGGGAAUACUUCUCAAGCAGACCUCCCAAUGAAUUCUGUUGUUGUUAAAAACUUCGUACAAGCUGUAAACAAUCCCGACAAUGGCUUCAAUCUGAGCAUAAAUUCCGCCUCAGUCACAAUAUUAGCAAGUCCAGUGGCAGAUCCAACUACAGCUCCCACACCUAGACCUGCUGCACCUAACACUGUUGCAGCUGCAACUACUACUGGAGCACUCAUUAUAAAAAGGGUGGUAUUCAGGUCUCUUCUAAAGAACUUUACAAGUGACUUGCUGAAUCCAUCAUCUACAGCUUAUACAAAUCGAGCUGCAACGAUUAAAGAAGAGCUUACACCUGUUUUCCAGAGUGCAUUCCCUUCUUCAUUUAAGUCCUUGGAAGUGGUGUCAUUCAGUGAUGGAUCGAUCGUCAACACCAUGGAUGUUUACUUUUCGAGCACACCUACUGAUUCAGAUGAUUUUCUGAUUGCAAGCGUUUUAAUAAGCGCAGCUGCAAGCAUCACCGGCUUUGACAUUGAGGGGAGCUCCAUCUCCGUGAAUGGCCUAACUUCAAGUGGAGUAAGCCAUAACAUCAGUCUCAUAACCGCAUCCUGCCUAGCAAUGUUGUCAUGGCUACUGUCAAGCCAACAAUGGCAGUAG